UUCAAGUCUCUCUCAACUUUCGAACGGAGCGGAACGUCGAGCGCACGAAUUCGGAAUUAUCGUUGAAACAAACGUCGCCGCGUGUGAUCGAAAAUCCAAGUUAGGCUCAUUCGUUGGGAAGCUGCGAGUUCACUCUCUCUCACACACACACGCACGAAUAUUACCCCCGGCGCGUUUUACUUCCAUCUCGCUCCCACAAAGGCGGAAGAGUUAAACACAAAAAAAAAAGAAAAAUAGAAAAGAAAUUAUAAACGAAAAACUGCCACCGCCGCUGCUCAAUAAUUUGUGCAUUUUUUAAGUUUCAUCACAAUGUCCUCAAAUCUAAUUUAAAUAAGUAAGAAGUGUAACAAGCGACACGCAGCGAAACAAAUAGCGCUGAAUAGAGGAGCACGCCAAGGCAAACAGCAACAAAUGGCCAACAAUUGAAUGGCGGCCAUCAGUUGGCCCCAGCGGCAUCCAUUGAGCAAUCAACACCAUUUCUCCCACAUCAAAUCAAGCACCACUUCCAGCAACACCAUCACCUCAACCACCUCAGUCACCACCGCCGUCACAGCUUUGGGAAUCAGAACCACAGUCCAAGACCCAGUCGAAACCACCACCACCACCAGUAAAAGCCACAGCCUAGCAGGACCACAACCACUGAGCUCCAUCGCCAACAAAUACCAGAACCGGGUGCAGCUGCUCGAAUUAUUUGGAAAACUUGCCGCGUAGUCCAUCAAUGAGCGUUUCGAUGUCACUGGUACAGGGUGGUGCUGCCGGUGGUGCGCCACAGGGCGCCAGCGCAAUCUUGGCCGCAGCGGCUCCCUACUAUCAACCGCCGGCUGUUCCCCAGGAUGUUCAGCCGGAUCGUCCUAUCGGCUAUGGAGCAUUCGGAGUUGUCUGGGCCGUCACAGAUCCUCGCGAUGGACGACGAGUGGCAUUGAAGAAGCUGCCAAAUGUGUUCCAAUCGUUGGUCUCAUCGAAGCGCGUUUUUCGCGAGCUGAAAAUGCUGUGCUUCUUCAAGCAUGAAAAUGUUCUUUCAGCUCUGGACAUUCUACAGCCACCGCAUUUGGAUUUCUUUCAAGAAAUCUAUGUGAUAACGGAGCUGCUGCAAUCGGAUCUGCACAAGAUAAUCGUGUCGCCACAGCACCUGUCCGCCGACCACAUCAAGGUGUUCCUGUACCAGAUCCUGCGCGGCCUCAAAUAUCUGCACUCGGCCCGCAUCCUGCAUCGCGACAUCAAGCCGGGCAAUCUGCUGGUCAACUCGAAUUGCGUGCUCAAGAUCUGUGACUUUGGAUUGGCCCGCGUCGAGGAGCCGGAUCAGGCCAAGCACAUGACCCAAGAGGUGGUCACCCAGUACUAUCGCGCACCGGAGAUUCUGAUGGGCGCUCGCCACUACUCGUCGGCGGUGGAUGUAUGGUCGGUGGGCUGCAUUUUUGGCGAGCUGCUGGGCCGUCGCAUCCUCUUCCAGGCACAGAAUCCUGUGCAGCAGCUGGAGCUGAUUACCGAGCUGCUUGGCACGCCCACCAUGGAGGAUAUGCGUCACGCCUGCGAGGGCGCCCGCACCCACAUGUUGCGCCGGGCGCCCAAGCCGCCAUCCUUCUCGGUGCUCUACACACUCAGCUCGCAUGCCACGCACGAGGCGGUGCACUUGCUCUGCCAGAUGCUCGUCUUCGAUCCGGAUAAGCGCAUCUCCGUGACAGAUGCCCUGGCGCAUCCGUAUCUGGAUGAGGGGCGUCUGCGCUAUCACUCGUGCAUGUGCAAAUGCUGCUUCACUACCUCAGCCGGAAUGCGUCAGUAUACGGCUGAUUUUGAGCCCUCCGCCGGCCAGCCCUUCGAUGAUCUGUGGGAACGUAAGCUGACAUCCGUGCAGCAGGUCAAAGAGGAGAUGCACAAGUUCAUUGCCGAGCAGCUGCAAACGGGUCGUGUGCCGCUGUGCAUCAAUCCACAGAGUGCAGCCUUCAAGAGUUUCGCCAGUUCGACUGUGGCACAUCCUUCGGAGCUCCCGCCUUCGCCUCACCAAUGGGAAUGACGGCAAAAUGAGGCGAUUGCUGCCUAAAAUCAAAACAAAAGCAACACAGCCAAACGAUAGACACUUGCCGCCGAGAACAUGGAGGAGAGGAGUCGAUUCCCAGUCCAAAAAAUCCCUAGAAAACCACCAUCCCCAUCCGACGAAACCCAGAGAUGAUAACUCAGCCAGGAACAACUAUUGAAUAAUUUUUAAGCGCCAAACGGCUUUUAAGUGGGCGUUUGUCUGUUUGAAAGUCAAAGCAUUCCACCACCGAAAUUAACUAAAACAAAACAAAAACAAUUAUUUAAUAAUACUAUAGACAAACAAAUAUGUAACGUAACUCAACGGAAACUAGUCUAAACAACAAAACUGUAGUUAAAGCAGCAGCGGUAUCGACGCAAACCAGCAAGUUGAAAGCAAACGAAAAUGUUAAAAAAAAAAAAAGAAAUUAAGAAGAGAGAGGAGGAGCAGCAGCAGUAAUAUCUACGCACUAAAAACAAAGCGUAUUUAACAAAUAACUAUAAUUUUUUGGCAACAAAGCAAACAUUUUGUUGUGCUUGACAUGAAUUGGAAGCGAAAAUUCAAUUGAAAUGAACAACAACCGAAAAUCGUUUUAUGUUAAGCUCCUAUUAAAACUAUGUAUAUGUAAAUUAAUUAGCAACACACACAGACAUCGUAUUCAUUAUAUACAAGUAUGCUUAAAUCUUAAAUAUAUUGAUAUAUAUAUUUAAAGUAAAAUAAUAACAAAAUGCACACAAAUCCAAUAUUUGUUUGCCAAAAUUUACCUCAAGCGAUAGUCCUUUUCGUCCGCAAAAAGGAUCGAUUCACAUUCUGUUAGCUUACGACAAAAAACAUUUAAUAAUGCAAUGUGUGUAGCUACAGUUAAAUGUGUACUAAACGCUAAAAGAAAAACAAAUUCUUUUGAAAUUAUGCAACUAUUUUUAUUUACACAAACACGUUUGAAGCUUCAAUUUUGAAACUGGUUUCUAGAAAUAUACUCUAAAUGUAGCUGGCCACACAAAAAAAUGGUCAGUCCUAACUCAUUAGGAAAAAGGAAAAUUAUUCGAUGAAAUAAGUUCAAAGUUUCAACUGUCGACUGAACAAAAAUACAAUAUAAAUUAAUAUAUAAAUAUAAAUUAAACAAUUUCAACUUAAUUUAGUUACGACAAUUUUCGCUUUGAUAAUAGUUUGUUAGGCUUUUUAAUCAUUAGUUUCAUAAAUGUAAACUAUACAAUAAACAAACCAACAAAUGAAAAACCAACAAGUGGACGACGCACUGCCCCCAGUUAAUGAUUCGAGCGGAUCGAUCCCAACUGGAUGGAAAGGAGGGAGGGAUCCCAUUUCUCCUUGGAGUCUCAAGGCGCCGCCCGAAUCAAUUCGAUUUUAGUUAUGAUUAAUUUGCUCUUAGUUGAUUAUCAUGUAAUAUAGUUUAAUUUUCGACUAACUACACCUCUGUCUCUCUCAAUGCUCAUCGCUAUAGACUAUAGCUAAGGUGCAGGACAGGAUCGGUUAUAGAGGAUCAAUUGCUAAGGCCUCGGCUGCCCAGAACAUUAAAUAUGUUUAAGACUGAGUUUUCUCAUUUGACGAUGAUGAUUGAUUAAUUGAGGAUAUGCAAUAUAUAAUUCGCACUUCAUUUAUUUGAAACGACAAAAUUUUGAUGUAGAUUAAGCACUUAAACAAAAUUAAAAAAAAAAAAAACGUAUACCGUGUAUGUGUAUUUGAAUGUCUUUUGUCUUCAAUGUUUAGAGCAAAACAAAUGCAUCAAUAUUUAAUCGAAAAACGACGAUGGAGUAGAAGAAACUCUUGAAGAAAUUUAAACUGAAGCUAAACUUAAACUUUUCUCUUCUUCGAUUCUCUUAACUGUGCUGCUUUCUUAUGUAUGUAGUUAUUAAUUAUAGCAUUAUAUAUAUUAUCCAAUAUAUAUAUACAUGGAUGAAUUAGCGUAAAAACAAACAAACAAAAACAAAACAAAAACCAAUAUGAAUUCAAAACUUUCACGGAGAUCUCAUAGCAAAAACAAAACGAAAUGAAAGAAAAGAAAAGCAUAAAGGCACCGAAAUGCCAAGGCAUUGUGCAGCAAAGUAGAGUUUCUUUUCAACUUUUGUUUAUAACUAAAGUUUUUCUUAACCUUAAACAUAUAGAGUACAGAUUGUUUUCCCCCUCAUUUGACCAGAGACAACCGCUCGAAUUAAAUUGACAUCAGCAUCGACAUCAAAAUCAUUUACAUCUAUAAGCACAUACUCCCCCGUAGUGGUACAUAUACAAUACGACUACGCAUACGGAUAGUUAGUUUUCGUUCGGUUUAGGCACCGUGUAUAUAGCAUUAUCUCCUUAUCUCCACACCCCCACCAAUAAUUAGCCCACAUCUCUCUCCUUAGCUCAGUAAGACGGUUAGCUAUGAGAUAAUACGAGUACGAGAUAAGUAAUGGACAUGUACAUUAUACUACACGAAUAGCACAACCCCCGAUUGGAGCAGGUCUGAACUAAAACAUAAUGUAAUUGACACAAGAUAUCGGCUCAUAUGGGCCCAUAUAAUUUGAUUGGCGACUGUAGCGCCUAUUUGAAAUGAGUUCAUAAGUUAAGGAUCAACUGUAAUUGUAAACUGCAUUAGUAUUUGACUUGUAAACCGAUUUUAAGGAUCAUUCUUAACUAUAUAUACUAGAUACGAAUUACGCAUUAAUUUACGUUAAAUGAGGAUAAAACGAAAAAUUGUGUAAACUGUUUGUAUAAAAAAUAAGAACAAAACAAAAAAAAGAAGAAAACGAAUCCAUUUUGUUUUAUUUAUUUAUCGCAUUACCUAAAGUGGAUCCAACCCAACCCAAUGCAUUUGCUAAUUAGAAUUUAUAGCCAUGUAACACUGCAACCCCAGACAACUAGCACCCACUAUAUACGAUAUGUGUAUGUAUAUUUAUGGACAAUAUUUGAGAUUAAAACACAACACACCACACACCAACAAUUCUUCAAGUUUGUAUUAGAAUACAGGUACAAAGACAGCAUUCCAUUGAAUACGGGAUACCUAAGGAUGCCAUGUACAUCAUAAACUUUGAAUAUAAACCAAAUAUAUGAUGAUGAGACUCUCAGGGGAGAGAAGUCUAUUGAAACCAGAAUUGGUCAAGAUUGGUAGAAUAAAACAUAAAAAUGAUUGCGCUCAGGUUAUUAAAUGUAAAAAUUACAAAAUACUCCUAUAUACAUAUAUGAAAUAAUCCCAAAUUCGCAUAACAUAUAAAUAACCAACAUAUAUGUACGUUUACCAUGUUUAACAAAAGGCUGUUUGUAGAAAUUGUGACACAGUUUUUUUAACCCGAACCCACUAACCCACAUCUAAACGACGAUUAACCAACUCGAUGUGUAAAUGCAAAAUGGAUAAUUGAGCAUCUUCGACUCCACAGUGAAUGUAGUUCUAGUUGCUUACACUAACCAGACAGAAGCUGGCUGCUUUGUGCACUCCAAAAAAUUAUGUAAAUACUAAAGAAAAUGAUAAAUAAUAGUAAUAAUCGUCGUAUAUAAAUUUAGAGAAAACUUUGUGAUUGCUUCUCAUUGAUGAUGAUGAUGACAUAACUGUUUCGUAGGACAACAUUAAGGCAAAUAUUUUUUCUUAUAAGUAGCAUGUAAAAACACUCGAUACGCUAACCGACAAAAAGGCAAACGCUAUAAUGUAGGACACUCCAAAACGUAGUUAACAAACACGAUUUAAAACCAUAUAAAACACACCCUAUACCCUCUAAAAAAAAAUCGAUGGCAAAUGCUUAACGCAAAAAUAUGAUAUACGAGUUAUUGUAUGUGUACGGGAAAAUUUGCUAAAUGUUGUAAAAAGUAUAUAUUACUCGAUUAUAAUGUAGCACUCGAAAUGGAGUCACUCCAAUCAUGUAGAAAUCCUCAUCCAGUAAAGGCACGCAACAAAGUUCCCUAAUACUUUACACAUAAUUUGGUUUCCUUGACCCGCAAGCUAAAUUAAACAUGAAGUGUUUAACUGUAUAUAUGUAAUGUAUUAACCACAUUAAUCGGAUAUACUAACUUAAAACGAAACUGAGACCCAAAACAUACACGUGUAGUGGUAAAUGGGCCGGCAAGAAUUGUAAAUUACCAAAUGCAAUCCUUUCUCCAGGACGAAGUGAAGCUGCAUAAUUUACAUGGAAAUCGUAAAGACACACUAACCAUUGUAUUAACUAAACUAAACCACACUAAAUAAAACCGCAUUAGACUUACUAAAUAUUAUUAUAACGUAACUAAAAAAAAAAAAGAAAG